AAAAAAAAACAGAAAUCUUUUCGUUCCGCAUUCCAAAAACAUUACUUAAUAAAUUAUUAUUGUUCUAUCAGCAUCUCCAAUCUUCUGCACAUACCUUUCAAAACCCUAAUUUUUUCAAUUAACAUCUUAUCAAUUUUAUGGUGAAAAGGAUGGGCAGUUCUUCCUCGGAGACCAAGUUCUUGCAGGAAUUGCUGUUGUACGCUGCUAGUGCGGCCCUCAGUUGUUUGGUUCUUUUUGCGGGGCUCAGACACCUCGACCCGAACCGUGAAGCCUCCAAAAAGGCUCUUGAACACAAAAAGGAAAUAGCCAAACGUUUGGGUCGCCCUCUGAUUCAUACCAAUCCUUACGAGGAUGUAAUAGCAUGUGAUGUUAUAAAUCCUGACCACAUUGAUGUGGAAUUUAAUUCUAUUGGAGGAUUGGAAACCAUCAAGCAAGCUUUAUAUGAAUUGGUGAUUCUUCCACUUCGAAGGCCUGAACUAUUUUCUCAUGGGAAGCUACUUGGUCCUCAAAAAGGGGUUCUCUUAUAUGGACCACCUGGGACAGGGAAGACAAUGCUUGCCAAGGCUAUUGCAAGAGAAUCUGGAGCUGUUUUCAUCAAUGUGAGGAUAUCUAAUCUAAUGAGCAAAUGGUUUGGUGAUGCACAGAAACUUGUGGCUGCUGUAUUCAGCUUGGCCUAUAAACUCCAGCCUGCUAUCAUAUUCAUUGAUGAGGUUGACAGCUUUUUGGGUCAACGUCGUACUACAGACCAUGAAGCAAUGACAAAUAUGAAGACUGAGUUUAUGGCUUUAUGGGAUGGAUUUACUACAGAUCAGAAUGCCCGAGUGAUGGUUCUUGCUGCCACUAAUCGCCCAUCAGAACUUGAUGAAGCAAUACUUCGACGUCUUCCUCAAGCAUUUGAGAUUGGGAUGCCAGAUUGCUCGGAGCGGGCUGAGAUAUUGAAGGUGAUUUUGAAGGGUGAGAGGGUUGAAGGUAACAUUGACUACGAUUAUAUAGCCAGUUUAUGUGAGGGUUACACAGGUUCAGAUCUUCUUGAAGUCUGCAAGAAAGCAGCCUACUUUCCCAUCAGGGAACUACUGGAUGAGGAGAAGAAGGGGAAACCAUCAGCUGCACCUAGGCCGCUUUCGCAGAUAGAUUUGGAGAAAGUUCUUACCAAAUCAGUAAAGACGAGGGUUGCUGCCACUGAAUACACCACCUUAAGCUCACAAUCACCAGGGUGGUCAAGGAAUAGGGACUCCAAUGACUAUCAGGUACAAGCUGCAAUAAGUGAGAUAAGUAGGCUUGUGGUUUCCCAGUUUAUGAACAUUCAAUCAGAGUCAGAUGCCCAGGACCCUUGAAAUUUCUCAUCCGUGCCCAAGCUCCGGUGAGGCAAUGCUUUGUUUUGUAACAUUUUACUUAAUAAUAUUCUAUUUUCUUUUUUAAGUAAUUUGUCUUUGGAUAUCCAACAAAUAGAAUAUAUUGAUGUGCUAGGCAACCAGUUGGUUGCACUAAUUAUUUUGGAGCCA